GUGUGGGAACCACAUUUUAGAGGUGGGAGCCGUUUUCAGCCACUUUAUUCGCAACUAGGUGAAAGCAAAAGGACAAGUAAGAGAGGGAAAAAAAAAAUGGGUUCCUCAUAAAAGAAGAGGAUAUGAAUUGGUGGUAAUCGUGGACUCUUCAUUACCUUCUCUUUCCCUACAAAUAAAAUGAGGUGAGGUUGGAUACCUGAGCACCUUUCAUAAGUGUUAAUUCUGUGUGUGGCUCUCUUUCCUUAUCCCCAUCGACAAUCACGACUAUAUCUUGAGUCGACUAUCUCCUCAGAACUUCGCUUCAUCCAACUACCGUACCACAUAUGGUACUAUGCAGCAUAACAUGUCGAAUGAGAAUGAUAACAAUGUAAGUGUGUUUCCAGAGGACGAACCUUGGCCGGAGUUUAGGGUGCCCGAACUGCUGAGCAGCGACACUCUGAUAAGUCUUCAUGCGACCAUCACGAACGACUGGGAUUUCCUGAGGCGAUCAGCGUGCCAGACAGCAGCCGGACGAGCAUUGUGGAAGCAGGUGAUCCAUGACCCGCUAGCUGAGCUAUUUGCAGGCGAGACAUUCCUGAAAACCAUAUACGAGAAGAUCAAGAAGGACCGGCUUCGAAAUGCCAGGGAGAUUUCUGGGGUCAUUCUUGCUGUUCGGACACUUUGGUUCGAUUCAAAGCUUGAAGCAGCUCUGAGUUCACAUGAUGGGGGAGGAGCACAAGUUGUCCUGCUAGGUGCAGGAAUGGAUGCAAGAUCACAUCGCCUAAGCUGUUUGAAACAGAGCAGUGUUUUUGAGGUUGAUUUUCCUGAGGUGUUGCAAGCAAAAGCCACUAUUCUGGAGGCAGCUGCAACUUCAAGAGACGAGCAUCAUCAUCCAAUCCUUACAGCAAAGUCACUGACUAGAGUGGCAGCUGACCUAACGGAAGAUGACUGGCUUGAAAAGCUCCAAACAUCAGGAUAUGAGCCAAACAAGAGUACAGUCUGGAUCUUGGAGGGAAUCCUAUACUAUCUCUCGCACACCAAUGCCAUGAAAGUACUUAAAAUCAUUGCAGAAAAAUGCAAUCUUACCAAGACUGUGCUGUUAGCAGACUUCAUGAACAAACAGGCAACAACAUUAUCCAGCUCCACCUUCCAUUUCUAUUGUGACUGGCCAGAUGAACUACUCCCAUCUCUAGGCUUUGCUGAUGUUACGCUUUCACAGAUUGGCGAUCCAGAUGCCCAUUUUGGAUUAUUGCAAGAUCCACUUAAUCUGUUCAACAAGCUACGCAACUUGCCCAGAUCAGUUCAAGCACACCCAGAUGAUGGCACACCCUGCGGUCGCUUGUAUUUGUUGCAAGCCUCUGGUUCACCCAAUGAAACUAGUUCAUGAAUUCAUGUUGCAAUAAGCUAUAUAUAUCCAAGUUUCACUUUAUAGCAUACAAAUAGGCACUAUUUCUUGUUAGUAUUAUUUACAGGCUUAGUUAGUGAUGAGAUUGCAGUUCCAACUCUGUCAGAAGAUCUAACUUGAGAAGAAAAGAAAUGCUGAAGGGGAAAGUGAAAGUGCAACCUUUCUAAUAUUCACAUCAUUUAAGAAACUCCUUGUUCCCUAAGGUUCUUAGCCUCACGUUCAUUAGUGUGUGAUGGCGUUUUAAUAUAUCAGCAGUUAUGUAGAAUAUUUCAAGCCAAAAAUAUCAGUUCCUAGUACAGAUAAAA